ACGAAUUUAUUUUAAUGUUCUAUCUUAAUUAUUAAAAGAUAAAUAAAUUUUUACUUUUAAAAAAGAAAUUUUGUUAACUAACUAAUCAUGAAUAAAUUAGAUCAUUGGAAAAAGACUAUUUAAAAAAAUUGUAAACCAGCAUCUUAAGCUUUAUCAAUUUUUAUACCAGCAAAUUCUAAUUUAGGAGUUGAAGGAUGUUUUGGAAUAUCUGAAGCUUUAAAAAACGUUCAAAAUUUAAAAAAGUUGAGUCUGGAAAUAAGAGAAUAUAAUAAACUAGGAAUAUAAGGAUUUUAAAUUCUUGGAAAAGCAUUAAGCGUUUACGAAUUUUAAGAGUUGUAAUUGAUAUUCGCAUCGGAAAUAGGACUGGACGAUUAAGCAGUAAAGGAGUUUUUUUAGCAAUUAAAUACUACUAAAAGUCUGCUUUAAUUUGAAUUAGAAAUAUAAGAAGACAAUGGUGGUUAUAAUCACACUGAGUUGAGUGGAAAAUAUAUAAGAGACUUUCUAAAAAAAUAGGGGAAUCUACAAACUCUGAAGAUCAGAUAUUAUGAUUCAUUUGGAAAUGGAGGACUUUAAUUUGUAGUUGAAGGGAUCAAAGAACUUAAAUAAGUAAAUUAUUUGCAGUUUAUGACAAAAUCAUCAUCUGUUUCUCUGAAAGGAAUCUAAAAUUUUUUUAGUCAGCUUUAGUCUAUGCAAGGAUUAUAAAAAUUAUAGCUAAGUCUUCAAACUUCUAUGCAUAUAGAUAACAAAUAGUAAAAAAAAGGAGUAAAUAUUAAUGGUGUUAAGCCUAUAUGUGAAUUAUUAAGCAAAUUGCCUCUAAUAACAAAUUUAGAACUAGAAAUACCAUAAGGCUAUAAAGUGAAUUAAGAAGAUUCAUAAUUGUUAGGAGUGAUCUUAUCAGAACAGACUAAACUAAAAUCUUUGACUUUGGUUAUUUUUGAUUUUUUGAAUGCAGGAUAGUAAGGAAUGAGAGACUUAAUCAGAGGAAUAAGCAGAUGUUCUCGCUUGAUUAAAUUAAAUAUUUUUAUUGAUAAAUUUCAUGCUAGCUACAGUAACAAAAAAGUAAAAAACUAGCUAUUGCAUGGCUUAAGAUUAGUAAAUUAUAAAUAAUAUCUUAGUCACAUAUAAUAUUAGUAAGUUUAGACAACUCUUUAGUGA